CACCUCCAAAUCGACCCGAAUUGUUGACAUCUCCAAAUUCCGCAGGGAGCUCCUGCCUCGACUGCCGCACAAGAUGGACAGAUUGGGAUCGAUGAAACGGAUCGAACCGAAUUUCUGCCUGUCAGAAUCUGUUGAGAUGGCGUUUCAAAGACAUUCAUUGCAAACACUUGGAGAACCAUCUGAUAUCACAGAUUCACAACAGUCAAGUUGCUAGUUUACGUCAGGUGGUUUUCGUCUAUAUAAUAACCUCUUCUCUUCCUUUCAACCGAACAAUCUCUUCUUCUUCUCCAUCGGGCAACUCGAGCAACUCAAGCAAAUCAUCUACAAACCACGAAAGCAACUCCAGCAACUCCAACACACAACUAUCACCAAAACACACCCCCCAAGUACUCUACACAACACCAUCAAAAUGGCUGGCACUGGUAACGACAACCCCGGCAACUUCGCCAACCGCCCCAAGGAAGAGGUCCAGGCCAUCGCCUCCAAGGGCGGCCAAGCCAGCCACGGCGCCGGCAACGCGAGCAACAACCCCGGCAACUUCGCCAACCGCCCGCACGAGGAGGUCCAAGCCAUCGCCUCCAAGGGAGGCCAGGCCAGCCACAGCGGUGGUUUCGCCAGUAUGGACCCCGAGAAACAGCGCGAGAUCGCUUCCAUGGGCGGCAAGGCCUCCAGCGGCAGCUUCGAGCCCGGCUCCGAGAAGGCCCGCGAGGCCGGUCGCAAGGGCGGCAAGGCUUCCGGCGGCACUGGUGCCGAUGAUGAUGAGUAAACAACCUAUUACUGCGACUACCAUCAUCUGAUAUGAUUUGGCGCAUGGGAUACGACUUGAUGACUACUCUCUCUGGAUGACGGAACUAUAACAAUAGUAUGGGAUAUGACACGGGAUUUGGGAUCUGUUUGACUUGGCUGGCGUGAGAAGGCGCACUCAGGUAAUCUUGCCAUCUAGUCGGUUAUCAGCUCUUUUUGACAAUUGAAUUCUUUGACAUUUUGUCAAAAGACACACAG